AUGCGUAAAGCCUCCGAGGAUGGAGCGGCCGUGCGCUUUCGCCCCCAAAGCGCGCUCCAGUUUGCAGGAGGCGAAGACGGCAAGGGAGGCGGCGCCCCUCCGGCAAGCGCCCCCCACCCCCCGCUCCGCCCCAGGAACCCUCGUGGACGCCAGAUGCGGAAGGCACUGACCGCAGCAGGGGCCGAAAGGCUGGCCGGAGGCGCGGCUCCCCUCCCGCCGGCGGCACACGGAGCCCCGGGGUGCAGCCCAGCCAUGCGCCGCGAGGACUCCGGGGCCGAGACGGGCGGGUCGGAAUACAGCCACGUGUCCUCUUCUAGCAGUGAGUAUAGUUGUCUUGAUGUUCCUGAUCCUUUUCUUGUUAGCGCGCACAUAAUUGCAGAUCCGGGAGAAUCCAGUGCUCUCCAGCAAGCUAUUGAUAAUCUAUUGGCGUGGAUCCACCCAGAUCUCCAGCUCUUCCGGGUCUCAGAGAGGCAGAUGACAAGGAAGCCUAGGAAAUCUGAUAAGGCUGUCGAUUGUCAGCCGGCCCUCGCGGUAAUUCUCUUUCUUCAAGAAGAGGAAAAUGAAGAGCCGAUAGUCCAGCUCCACAAGUCCUUUCAAAGGCCGCCUUGGCGUUACCACCACACAGAACAAGUAUGUGGCAAUUUCCUCCCUUACAUGCCAGGCAGCCAAGACUUUUUCACCUUGGCUCAAGGGACUCCUUUGUGGGCUAUCCGACCAGUGCAUUAUGGGAAAGAAAUCAUACGUUUUACUGUCUACUGCAGGUAUGAAAACUUUGAUGACAUUAUGAAGCUGUACGAAUUAAUAUUGAGAAGACAGGUUUGUCAGAAAAGGGCAGACUUUUGCAUAUUUCUAAUUUAUUCUAACGUGGACAUAGACAUUCAGUUUUCCUUGAAGAGACUCCCAAGGGGCCGCAUCCCAUGGCCCACGGAUUCGGCUGUGCUGGAGUUCCGAGUGAAAGACGUCGGGCACCUUGUACCACUCUUGCCCAAUCCCUGCAGUCCAAUCAGUGAAGGCAGAUGGCAAACUGAAGAUCCUGAUGGGAAUAAGAUCCUUCUCCAGGCCUGGUAUAAGAAAUAUGCUAAGCUGAAUAAAUGUUGCUGGCCUUCUCCGUCAAGGAACCUUCCCGAUGUUCCACUUCUAAGUUUUGUUCCCCGCAGCGACAGACUGACUGCUCACAAAGCAAGCAGUCUUUCAAGGCCGGCUGAGUCUGUUAUGUCUCCCCACACCCAUCAGUGCCUUGGUGUUUCCCGGCAAGACUUGAGAAGCUGUGACCAAAAAUCUGGCAGUACCUGUACCAACUCUGAUUUGUUUCAGCGAAGCAAGUCUCUUGUUUGCUUGCCCACAACAAGUUCUUCUCCGGGCCCUGCAUCUUUUCGUUGUAGUAAGCUAAACUUAUCGUUAAGCACUUUCUCUUCUGGUCGCAGGACAAGAACCAGAGUAAACAUUGAUGACUUGGAAGGUGUUCAGGAGACAGAUGUAGAUACCGGGAUGAAGCUCACUUUCUCUGACCUAUCUGUGGUCUCUGCUUAUUCCAUUCCCGAUGGAUUCAGUAAUGGUUUGGAAGGAACAACCAAGCCCCCUGCACGAGAACAUGGUGUCAGUAGAUGUAAGAAGGCUGUCUCUGAUGGAAGAUCCAUUUCAGCCAAGAACAACCCCUUUGCGUUACCUUCCAGCUCCCUUCUUGGCUCUUUUGCUGGCUCUUCUAGCUCUUCUACAUCCUCUUCAGCGGCUUCUUCAGGAGCUCACUUUGAGAUAAAAUAUUUACCAAGAGGAACACUCGCUUCUUGUGAUGACAGCCGGACAACAGGUGGUGGAAAAGCCAAUGAAGAAGAAUUCUUUAUCUGA